AUGCGGUCUCCCCUCCUCCUCGCCUCGCUCCUCUCGCUCUCGAUCACCAUCGCUGCACGAACGGUCACCUUCGACGACGGCGACUCGCACCUCGCUUACGCACCCGACGGCGCCUGGAGCGUCGUUGAGGGUGUGGACUUCUCUGCGGGUUCGGCGAGGAGGACCACAGCGAGGGGCGGGCAGGUGACGAUGGCAUUUGCAGGCCAGCAAAUCUCGCUAUACGGCUCGACGACCGCGUCGUUCGCCGUCUUCGUCGACGGCAAGACCACACCGACUUCCUCCUCCCCUCCCUCUUCCUCGUUUUCGAACGCCACAUCCUCGCGCUUCUUCCUGCUCAAAGGUCUGGCGGACGAGCAGGCGCAUAACUUGACGCUGGUCGUCACAGGCGAUGGGUCGUUGGUGCACGACAGGAUCGCAGUUGCCGUCUCGAAUGGCGUCUCGACGACUCCCGCCCUCUUGCCAGUCGGGACGAUCGGCAUCCUCUCGACCGCGACUGUCACUUCCUCCUCUUCGACUUCCUCCCUCGCUGCUUCGUCCACUUUACGCGCUGUCGACCCUCAGCUGCGCGGCACCUCUCGGGCCGGUCUCAUAGCAGGCAGCGUGAUCGGCUCGCUCGGCGCCUUUGCGAUCCUGAUCUUCCUCACUUGCCUCUUCCUCCGUCGUCGGCGCCAACGCCACUCAACCUCUCACAGUCCCGACCUCGGCGCCCGACUGCGCACCGCCCAAGCGGAACACGCGCGACGCAAAUCCACCCAAUCGCUCUUUGCCUCCGCCUUCAACCGCUCACGCUCGUCCCCUCUGCCCUUCGCCACUCCCCCUCCUCCAACCGACAACGGCGGGAUCUCCUCCUUCCCCCGUCCCGCUCUCUCGCACCCCUUCGCCGCCCCCGCCCGCCCCUCCCCUCCCACUUCAAACCAAGGGAGCUGGCCGUCCUUCUCAUUCCUCACUCGCGCCUCAUCAUGGCGCCUCAGAGCCGAUCGACUACCCGAAACUCGUCGGUUCUAUAACCUUGGGAAAGCGGGGUUGCCGGUCACGAAGCCCCCCGAGGGACCGUUGCCUGCUGUACCUGGACCGGCGAGAGUGGUGCGCGAGGGAGAGGUGAGGGAGAUGGAGGAACGGUGGAGGACGGACGGGCCGAGCGUUGUCUUGCCUGGAGCUGUGGUCGGGAGUGGGAGGGGGACACCCCUGAGAGGAGGAAGAGGGCAGAAGGAAGUUAGGUGGGAUGAGCGCGAGACGGAGAGGAGGGACGUACGGCAGGUCUGGGGAGAGGCGAUGUCGGAUUACGAUGCGGGGAGCGAGACGAGCUCAGGAAGGGUGAGGGUACAGUCUCCUGCGGCAACGCAUGGGAGACGACGCAGUUUCCCGCCUGAACCGGACGACCUCCCGCUUCCUCCUCUUCAGCAGCCGCCGCCGCACCACCACCCGUCGCACUCGCAUUCGACGACGCACACCUUCCACAACCCCUUCAACUCGACCAGCUCCUCACACUCGCACUCCUACCACGCCUCUCACCCUUCGCACGGCUCGUCCGCCUCUUCCCACGUCGAAGGAACCACAACGAGCGACUCGCACCCCUCCGCUGCGCACAUCCACACAGCGCACUCGGUCUCCCUCCCCUCUCAGGCGCGCCCGCAUCUUCCCGUGAGGACGAGCUCGAAGCGCGAGGUGCACGAGACGGUUCGUGCGGGUCCGGAGGGGGAGGGAGUGGUUAGGACUGGAUCGAUGCUGGAGAGGAGGCCGACGUUGACGGAGGCACCGGUGGGGAGUCCAGCGAGGGCAGCGGGAGGAGCGAGUGGAAGAGCGGAGAGGAGGAGGCAUCAGAGCCAUGCCGGGCUGAUUGAGGUCGUCGCUGAUGUUGCGCACGAGCAAGAGCGGGACGAGCACGACGGACGGCGUCGAUACCAGCGUCGGCGGACUGGGAGCAACGGCGUCGCGGAUCCACUCCCAGGCGAAGAAGACCGCCCAGGGUUCUUCCAGCAGCGCGAGACGCUCCCUCGUUACGAUGCGCGCAGGGGUGAUCCGCGACUUCUGCCCAGGUGA